AACAUCCACCCUCUAAUAAGAGAGAAACAAAGAUAUCUACUUAAACAGGCAGAAGUAGUAUUACAUAUUUUCAGAACAAAUAUGCUGAACACCGGCAUACUAUUUCUAAUUUAUUGCCUUAGUGCUGGGGAAGCAUUUACGACCAAUUCAGACGCAACAGGAAAGAAGCAGUACCAGAUCCAGAACGGGCCAUGCACCUACACUUUUCUGCUGCCAGAACCGCAGAACUGUGAAGGUCCUUCAAGCACCUACACCAACCAAGUGCAGCGAGAUGACCUGGUUGACUACGACAGCUCAGUCCAAAGACUGGAACAACUAGAGACCAUCAUGGAGAACAACACGCAAUGGCUGCAAAAGCUGGAGAACUAUAUCCAGGAGAACCUCAAACAAGAUAUGGCCCAAAUUCAGAAUGACGUGGUGCAAAACCACACAGUGACCAUGAUCAAGAUUGGGACCAGCCUUCUGAGGCAAACAGCAGAGCAAACGCGGAAAAUCACUACUGUUGAAGCACAGGUAAUUAACCAAACAACUCGACUUGAACGUCAGCUUCUUGAGAACUCCAUUUCAACCAGCAAACUGGAAAAUGAAAUUCUGCAGCAGAUAAAUGAAAUCCACAAGCUGAAUGAAAAGAACAGUUUUCUGGAAAAACGAGUGGAGGACAUUGAAGGUAACAGAAAUACAGAGCUAGAAAACUUGAAAGUGGAGAAGGAACAGCUCAAGAAGCUGGUGGAGAAGCAGACUAGCAUCAUAAAAGAGAUGGAGCAACAACUGCUCCGCACCUCCUCCGAUAACUCCGCCAUGAAGCAGCAGCAGCAGGAGCUGACAAAUACAGUCAACAACCUAAUUCACACCAUCUCUGUGGGUAAGCAAGGUAGCAAUUCUGCAAUGAUGCAGGAUGAUCCAGAUCAGUUCAAUGACUGUGCUGCAGUCUUCAAGUUAGGGAACAAGGAAAGCGGGGUCUACUCAUUGACCAUACCCGAUACAAAACAGCAGUUCAAGGCCUACUGUGACAUGGAAACAGAUGGAGGUGGAUGGACAGUAAUACAGAAGCGCUUCAAUGGCCUUGUUGAUUUUCAUCAAACAUGGAAAAAUUACACAAUGGGGUUUGGAGACAUCUUGGGUGAACACUGGUUGGGGAAUGAGAUCAUCUCCAAGUUAACACAAGAAAAACAACACGUCCUCAGGAUAGAUCUGACAGACUGGGAGGGGAAUACAGCCUUUUCAAAAUAUGAGCAGUUCUCCCUUGAUGGAGAGAAGCAGAAUUACAGGAUACACCUCAGCGGCUACAGUGGAACAGCGGGUAGAACCAGUAGCAUGGGACAGCCAGGAAGUGAUUUCAGCACAAAAGAUGUAGACAACGACAAAUGUAUUUGCAAAUGCUCACAAAUGCUCUCAGGAGGUUGGUGGUUUGAUGCCUGUGGACCAUCCAAUCUCAAUGGAGUAUACUACCAGCAGGGACAGAACACUAAUCGUUUCAAUGGCAUCAAAUGGUACUACUGGAAAGGUUCAGCAUAUUCACUAAAGGCUACGACAAUGAUGAUAAGACCAUCAAACUUCUGAGCCUGUAGUCCUAAGGCACAAUGAUUAUUGAUGUCACUGCUUUCCUAUCCUAUAGAGAAACAUUUGGUGGAGAGGUGUGACCUUCAUGCACUUCUGAUACAGGACUUCUAAUUAGAAGAUAAAGCACUUGAAAAAAAAAUGUGUUACAGUGUCAAAUAGCUAAUUCAAUGAACACGAAAACAUGACAUACAACGUUUUCAAAAUGGAACUUCUUCAAGGGACAAGUUUUUUUCAAAUAGAUGUAUUAAUACGUAUUUUUAUUUGAAGAACAGCUGCAAAGAGGACAUACAUCUUUAAACUGAAGUACCUUGAUGCUUCACAGGAUUUCCUUAACUAUUCAUGUAGAUAAGUGGAAUCAGAACAACUUAGUGUGCUUAUUUUAUUUGUAAAUAUCAAAUUAGUUACAAAAAUUAUAUUAUUGAUAUAUUGUCAAAUAUAACCAUGGUACAAAAGUGAGUUAAAUGCAUAAAGCUGAGGAGGUUCUUUACAUGUCUUACAAAUUGUUACUCUGUAAAACUGUUGUUUACACAUGGUUUAGUGCUUUGGACCUUCUUGUAGAUAUCUUAACUGUGGGCAUUUGUUGACAGUUGACCAAACUCCGCAGCAUUUCUUAAAGGGUCCCUCUUUUGCAAAAUACAAAAGUCCCAUUUACAUGGUUUUUGAACCAUUUUUUGUCCACAGUGUGGACAACCACCCUAUAACAUUAAAAAUCCACCCACUCCUUUUUUAUAUUACCCCAAAAUCGAAAAUAUUGUCUCAAUGAUUUGUUUGUUUUCUCUACUCAUUGUGACAUCACAGUGGAACAGGUCCCACCCAUGACUGGUGACGGGCUUUUCCCAAUUAGCAUAGAUCCUCCCCUGAGUGAGCUGCACACAGUCUGCCAUGUUUGGCCCUGUCCAAAAUGGCACCCUAAACACUCGUGGUCUUCCAAGGAGUUCACACUUUCAUGAUGUAACGCCGCAUUAACAGUUGUGUAAACAUCUGCUGGUACCAGUUUCUCUGUAGCUGACCAAGCGUGCUAUUUGAGCAACGCUAUUAACAUCUCAUACCAUUUGUAAACUCUUGCGUCACCAAUGCAAUGACUGACACAUUUGUACUGCAUUCCAAAGAGCUUUGGUACUAGCCACACAGUGGAAAAUGAAACCAUACCCAUACCAGCUGGGCCGGAUUGACACAGAAUGGAACGGUUAAGCAAUGAGAAUUGCUUGGUCCGAUGGUGGAAAAAAUGGCUUAAAUGUUCUGUUGUUGAUUAACAAUGAACAUAAGUGUUCAUGUACUCCCAGCAUUUGAGCUACUGAAGACGCAUUGGAGUGGUUUUAUUUUUGAAGGGAAUGUGUGGGGGAAAAAAAAUGAGCUAUACUGCUCAUAAAUGAGGGUUAAAUACAAAGCAGCAGCUCAUUUGCAUUUAAAGAUACAUAGUGAAAACAGCAUGUUUUCGCUUCCACCCAAAAGGGGGCAUUUAAGGCAUUGUAUAAUAAAUUAUCUGUGGGGUAUUUUGAGCUGACACUUCACAGACAAAUUCUGUGGACACCUGAGACUUAUUACAUCUUGUAAAAAGGGGCAUAAUAGGUCUCCUUUGAAGGGCAAGUUUAGCCAAAAAUUAAAAUGAAGGGUUCUUUACUCUUAACCCUUAAGGCGGCAAAAAGGUUCUAUAUAAAGAGAAAGAACCAUUUUGGCACAAACUUUGGGCUAAACAAUGCUUAAUGUACAAAUUUACAUUCUUUAACAUUAUUUUACAUUACAUUUGUGUUUUUAUUUUAAUUUAAUUUUUUCCUUUUUUUUUUUUUGACAUUUCAUUGCGAAGAAAGUAACUUAAAUAUACAAUGUACUGAUACACAUUUAGGUUAAACAGGUUUAUUAGAAAAUAACUGCCAGAUUAUCCUAAUGUUACGUCUGACCAUUCCUGUACUAAUCUCUUUAAAUUGACAGGUUCAUCUAAUUAAUUAAUGCACACUAUAUACCAGUCUGCCAUUUAUCUGCAAACUAACAUACAUGAUUCCGAAAAAGACUUGUUUUGGAUUCUGUCACAAUUAUGAUGUAAUAGUGCAACGAAAGAUAGUGAGAUGAGAAGGGGAGAAGAGAAAUACAGCAUCACUGGACUGAAAAUAACAUUACCUUCCAAAGGAUCCGAACGCUAAGAAAGUGGUUAUUUAUUUUCAACUAUGUGAAUGACUAGAGCAUUAUUUGUGUGCUUGGUACAUUUUACUGUGGAUUCUUUGGUAAAUCAGUCACAAUUUUGGCGCAGGCUUUUCAAACAGUCUUUUACUGUAAGAUAUGGACCCAACAGUAAUGUCACAACAUGUAGUAAGAAACUGUGUUAAUUCUAAUGCCUAAUCUGUGAUCAGUGGUUUCUGAUGUGUUCAUGUACAGUUAGGCCCGUUCAUAUAUCACGUCUUUUGCGUGCUCAAAUUCGUUAUUUUAAAUGUAGACGCACGGCAAGUGGGUUCAAAAUAGAAGCGACACGCUCACGUUUCCCAGGCGCAGCGAGAUGAAAAAUUCGCAACUUUUCAGAAUGCCGCGAGCGCACCGCAGGCCAUGUGACAAGAAACAACCGAACCUGUAAUAAAUAAUAGGGAUGUGAUCUUGUGCCACAACAUUUCGCGAGAUUAAAAUGUAACGAGAUUUCUCAUAGAGGUGAGAAGUUGUCUCGCGAUAUUGCCAUGAUGGCGUGUGUGGGUUAAAUUAGGAUAGAAUAUGUCACCGCUACAUUUACAUUAUGCCUCCACUAGGCCUGUCGCGAUAACUACUUUUUGUUGUGCGAUAUAUUGCCCCAAAAAUAAUUGCGAUAUGCAAUAUUAUUGUCAUUUUAAGACCAUAUUAUGCCACUGAAUAUAUAAUCAUAAUAUAACAGCAUAAAAAUGCAAGUAGGCCUACACACUUUUUAAAUGACAAUGAACUUAACUCUUAAGAAUAUUUAGACUAUAUUUAGGCUACUGGAUUUGAAGCGUAAAAAAAAAAAUAAUGUUGAAUAAAUAAUAAAUAAACCUUUGCUAACAAAAACUGCAAAAUAACAAGUAGAAAAAAAAACCACUUUCAAAUGCACAAAAGGCACUUAUAUCUACAGGUUUUUCCCUAACCUUAUUUUCUCAGUAAAGUAAAGGGUGCACGCUAUUGUCAGAUGUCCAUAUGAACAAAGACACAGAUUUAGCAGUCAGGUAUGGCCUGUUGAGGUAGCCUAUCUGUUUUUCUAGAGGCGUGUUUGAAAAACUUUUAACUUGAGCGCUGCGUUUUAGUGCCGCGUAAUGCACGAGAUGCUGCGAAAGACAUGAGUCUUUCCAUGGAAACGGUGCAGUGGAAUGCAAAAACGCGUUCCCUAUGAAAACAAACUAGACACUCGCGACUGCCACGUCCUGUGUGAAACUAGCUGUGAGCGUGCACCAUUUCGCGCUGUCAUGUUUAUAUUUGCACCAGUGAAUUGCAGAAACUGAGUGCAUUUGCACUUAUUCUUCCAAACUGUCUGUAGUUGUCAGGAAAACACUAUAAUGACUCGAAUGGCGCAUUUUUCCACCUGUCGAUGUCAGCUCUGUGUAUGAAGGAGCUGAGCCCCGCUUUCGUCUCAGAGAGCAGACGAGAUGACAGAGGCAGCACGAUCGGCAAAAUGUCGGUGACAUUUAUUUUUGUGUUAACAUAAUGGCCAAUAUAUCGCGUCACCAAAAAUUAUCAAGGUCAUGUGCAUAUAUAUCGUGCGAUAAGUCGAUAUAUCGACUAUCGCGACAGGCCUAGCCUUCACUGUUGUUUUGAUUUUUAUAGAAAUAACCAUUUAAGUCAGUUAGAUAAUGGUCACUUCAAUUCCCUCCAGCUCAUCCAACAUGAGCAGCAAAGUCGUACACAGUGCAGCAGGAACCAGAGUUCACUGCAUGACAACAAUCACGUGUGUAUCGUGUUUAUUCUCACACCUUCAGUUCCACUAAUGCUCACAAAUCUGUAUUUUUAUAACAGUUAAAGCUCUUUUCAUGCAGUUGCGAUGUAAUAUUGUCAUGUUUAUCAAAAUAAAACUGAUAAGAAAAAACAA